AUGAAUAAAACAAUAACCAGCUCAGCACUGCUUGAGUUCAUGAACCGCAGUCCAGCUACCAUCGCUGUAGAGACAAGUAUUGUACUACUUAUUGGACUGAUUGCCAUUGGAGGAAAUCUUCUGGUAGUAAUCUCCAUCUAUCGUAAUCCCAGUCUUCGUACCAUCACUAACUACUUUGUACUCUCGCUCGCUGCGUCUGAUGUUCUGUUUCCAGCAGUAGGACUACCUCCUUCUCUAAUUUGGUCCAUUAAAAAACGUUUUACCUUUGACCAAAAACUAUGCACUAUGCAAGCUGUGUUUACAACCGCUUUGGCCUACGUUUCCAUCUAUAUGAUAGUGUUAAUGGCAAUCAAUCGAUUUGUUCGCGUUUGUAAGCCUCAGAAAUACAGGAAAGUGUUCAACAAGAUCACAUCUCUUUUGAUGAUAAGUUUUGUGUGGGUAAUCAGUUUUACGCUAGUGACUUUAAGUAUAACAAAUGGAGACAGUUUUGCCAUGGCCCACUUCAUUCCCACUCAAAUAAGAUGUGGUAUUGUUUACAACACGCAAAAUACCUUCAGUAAGACAGUUGGAAAUGCGCUCAGUGCGAUUUUCGUGUUGUUGCCCAUCGGCAUCAUCGUCUACUGCUACUUCAAAGUCUUCAAGAAAAUCCGAGAACACAAGAGAAACAUCGCUCCUGCCUCCAACCCAAGCAGCCUGGGCACGAGUGUACAAGAAAUUAAGGUCACGUGGACCAUGUUCGCAGUUUUGAUUGGGUUUUGCUCGACAUGGAUUCCAGUCGUCAUCGUCACAUUGAUUUCAAAUUUUUGGUUGGGCCAUGUUCUACCUCGCCAGGCUAAUAUGGCAAUACCAUUUGCAGUACUUAGCAGCUCUGCCAUCAAUCCCGUGAUAUAUGGAGUAAUGAACACUGCAUUCAGGAGAGAGUACACAAACAUCCUUCGCUGUAGAUCUGAAUAA